AAAAAGUCAAAAAUAAACAACUUUUAGGUUAUAAAAUCACCAUCUCGAUUAUUUUGUUAAAAUAAAUUAUCUUCUCAUUGUAAUUUCUUGUUUAAUAAUCAAAACCUGCUAAAUAAAUUUAUUAAAUUCUCAUUCUGAAGUAAAUGAGAUCAUUAAAUUUAAAAAUAUUAAUUUAUGAUUUACUGACAAUAAUUGUGUAAAUAAAUUAUUUAGUCUAUGAAAUAAAUACAAAUUAAACGCAAAGAAGAUGGCUUUUCGUUGUAUAAAUCUUUUUAGGAAUAUAAAAUGCAGUAGCACCAUUAAAUUACGCCACAAUCUUAUGUCCACGCUAACCUCUAAGGAUAAUAAAAUCAAUGAAAUUAAAGAAUACAAAACUGAGAAUAAUAUCACAUACUUGGAAGAUCCGGAUUGUUUUGGGACUCUAGCGGGAAGGGCACCCGUUUCAAAUACAUUAGAAGAUGAAGGUGAUGUGAAAGAGGAACAAUAUUUACAAAAUAAACCACUGCAGUCUCAAAAACUAACAACCAAGCAAUAUGCAGAUCUAAUAAAGCAAUAUUUAAAACAUAAAAGAAUAAAAGAGGCAAUUGAUAUUCUAGAAACAAGGAUGUUAAAAGAGGACAGAGUAAAACCAGAAAACUAUAUCUACAACAUAUUAAUUGGGGCUUGUGCUGAAGUAGGAUAUACAAAAAAAGCUUUUAAGCUGUUUAAUGACAUGAAGAGAAGGGCAUUGAAACCUACAGGCGACACAUACACUUGUCUGUUUGAAGCUUGUAUCAAUAGCCCAUGGCCUGCAGAUGGAUUAAAAAUGGCAACUCAUCUAAGAAAUCAUAUGAUUGAGAAGGGUAUAGAACCUAACCUUACAAAUUAUAAUGUCAUGAUCAAAGCAUUUGGAAGAUGUUCAGAUAUACCAACAGCUUUUAAAAUUGUUGAUGAAAUGAUUAGUAAGAAAAUCAAGAUAAGAGUGCACACUUUUAACCACUUAAUUCAAGCAUGUAUAUCAGACAAAGACUAUGGUUUAAAACAUGCUCUUAUUGUAUGGAGAAAAAUGUUGAAAAUGAGAGAAAAACCAAAUGUUUACUCAUUUAAUCUUAUGCUAAAGUGUGUAAAAGAUUGUAAUUUAGGUUCAAAAGAGGAUUUAUUGGAAGUAGUUGGCUUGAUACAGGAGCAUAUGACUUUAUUAAAUAUGAAAGCAAAUGUGCUUCAGAUUGAAGAUUCUAUAACAUAUUUGCAAAAAAAUGAAAAUGUAAAUCAUAAGCAAACAUUGCCUAUAUUAGAAUCUGAUAUAAUAAUAGAAGAAACUUCAGAUCUUAACAGUAAACCUAUACAGGAUAAUAACUCAAAUACAGGAGCAGCACUAGAAGAUAGGACAGGUUUAGCUUUAAUAAACGAAGAUAACACUAGUUUAGAAUUAAUAGAAAACUACAAGCAGCCAGAACAACAUGUACAAAUGAGAACUGCACCUAAUUUGUUGUCUAAAAUUGUGCAAAUUGAUCAAAUAUUAGGUGUUCAAGACGUUCACAUUCCACAAGACAAGUUUGCUAUAAUUGGUGGACAAGAGGAUUUCCUCAAAGAAAUGGAGGUCUAUUCUGUAAAACCAGAUAUAAAAACAUUCACACAAAUGCUGCCUUUAAUAGAAAAUAAUUCAGAAGCUGAAAAUAAACUGCUUGAAACAAUGCAAGAUUUAGAUAUAAAAACUGAUAUAGAUUUUUACAAUGCAUUGAUUAAAAAGAGAUGUUUUAGGCAAGAUUAUGAUAGUGCUUUUGAUGUUAGAGAAAUUAUUGAGAAGCAAAAUAAACGACAUAAAAAACAUCCACUGAACAAGAAGCAUAUUAUAAAAGUCAACAUAAUGACCUACGGUGUUCUAGCCUUGGGUUGUAAAACAAAGGAGAAAGCUGAAAAACUACUAAAUGAGAUGAAUGAAAAGCAAUUCAAGGUUAACAUAGAAAUCUUGGGUACAUUAAUGAAGAAUGCCACAUAUCAAAUGCAGUUUGGUUACAUAUUGUACGUAAUGGAUAUAGUGAAAAAGGAAAAUAUACGUGUAAAUGAAGCAUUCAUAAAACAUUUAGAGAUUUUUAAUGAUAGAUGCCUAAAAAUUAUACAAAAGAAUGAAAAGGAAAAUAGAGAAAGUCCAGUACUUGCAGCUGCUUAUAGAAGAUUUGGCAACAUUUAUAACAACUGGUUGAAGGAGAUCAACAUUGAAGAAGCAUUGAAACCUGAACACCCAUGGCAACAAUUCAUGGAACAACACCCAACCCCAGUUCAGAGAGAAAGUUUCCAAAUUGUAGAGCCAAAGAAAUUUUACAAAAGAAAUCGAAAAUUUGUUCAGUAUAGUCCAAAAUUGUAAAUAUAAUUUUAGUUCUAGAAUAAGAAAUAAAAAACACAAUUUUUUUUA